ACAGCUAUUUAUUUGCUAAUUUUCUGCUAAAUAUCAGAAUUAGAGAUAAGUGUUUCUUCUUCUUGCUCUGUCGUCACUAACUAGGUCACCGCCAAGUAGCAGCAAAUAGAGCGAGAGAGAGAGAGAGAGCGACGGCGAGAGAUAUGAAUAAUGUAGUGGAGAUUGUGGAGGAGGAGGAGGAGGAUGAGAAGGAGUGUGAGGAUUGGUGCUUCAUCUGCAAAGAUGGUGGAAACCUAAUACUCUGUGAUUUCAAGGACUGUCCAAAAGUUUAUCAUGAAAGUUGCGUUGAAAAGGGUAGCACAGCAAGCAAGAAUGGAGACUCGUAUAUCUGUAUGUGGCACAGUUGCUACUUGUGUAAGAAGACACCAAAGCUAUGCUGCCUUUGUUGCUCACAUGCUGUAUGUGAAGGCUGUGUUACUCAUGCUGAGUUUACUCAACUUAAAGAGAAUAAAGGGUUAUGCAAUCAAUGCCAGGAGUAUGUCUUUGCUUUAGAAGAAAUUCAAGAAUAUGAUGCUGCUGGGGAUAAGCUUGACUUGACAGAUAGGAAUACAUUUGAGUGUCUGUUUCUUGAGUAUUGGGAAAUUGUUAAAAAACAAGAAGAUCUAACUUUUGGCGAGGUCCGCAAUGUCUGCGCUUCAAAGCCACGAAAGAAAGGUGUCAAGUCAAAGUACAAAGAUGAUCCCAAAUUUUCGCUUGGUGAUGUCCACACUUCAAAGUCACGAAAGAAAGGCGACAAGCUGAAGUACAAAGAUGAUCCCAAAUUUCCGCUUGGUGAUGUCCACACUUCAAAGUCAGGAAAGAAAGGCGUCAAGCUGAAGAUCAAAGAUGAUCCCAAAUUUUCCCUAUCGGACCAUGGGGUAGAGGAUGCAGUUGAUUAUAAAACGGUGGGCAAGAAAAAGAGAAUGGAGUUUAUCAGAUGGGGUUCAAAGCCCCUCAUUGAUUUCCUAACGUCCAUAGGGGAAGACACCAGAGACGCAAUGUCACAACAUAGUGUGGAGUCAGUUAUCCGCAGGUACAUUCGUGAGAAAAACCUGCUUGACCGUGAAAAGAAGAAGAAAGUUCAUUGUGAUGAGAAGCUGUACUCUAUCUUCAGGAAAAAGUCUGUAAAUCAGAAAAGGAUUUAUACACUUUUAAAUACUCACCUGAAAGAAAACCUUGAUCAGGUGGAGUAUUUCACACCUUUGGAACCUGGCUUCAGUCAAAAGAAAGAAAAGCGAUUCAGUGAAAAGAAUGAUGAGGUUUUGAUGCCGUGCAAGAAGCAAAAAACAGAAAGUUCAGAUGAGGAAAUUUGUGAGAAGGAAGUGCAACCUGAAAUGCAAGCAACUGGUUUCGCCACGAUCAAUGCAGAUAAUAUAAAGCUUGUUUAUCUACGUAAGAGCUUAGUCGUAGAGUUGUUGAAGCAGAAUGAAAGAUUUGUGGACAAAGUGGUGGGAAGCUUUGUGAAAGUGAAGAAUAACCCUAGGGACCUUAUGGCGUACCAGAUCUUGCAGGUUACAGGCAUUAAAACUGCUGAUGACCAGAGUGAGGGAGUGCUUCUUCAUGUUGCUGGUAUGGCAAGUGGUAUUAGCAUUUCCAAGUUGGAUGAUUCUGACAUAAGCGAGGAAGAGAUUAAAGAUUUGAAGCAAAAAGUGAUGAAUGGCCUUCUGAGACAGCCAACUGUUGUGGAGAUGGAGCAGAAGGCUAAGGCUCUCCAUGUUGAUAUAACAAAACAUUGGAUUGCAAGGCAGCUUAUCAUUCUGCAGAAACGCAUCAACCGUGCUAAUGAGAAAGGAUGGAGAAGAGAAUUAGAGGAGUAUCUAGAGCAGAGAGAACUUCUGGAAAAAACUUCAGAGCAGGAGAGGUUACUAAAAGAAACUCCAAGAAUCAUCGAAGACUCGAUCGAGAUAAAACAAGAACCAUCUGUCAGCGGUUUGUCUCAUGAGGCGGUGAUAGAGAUCGAUUAACCAAAGAGCAUCUUCACAAGGAAGAAGGUUGAUGUUGUUGUACAUCUUACUUAACGAUUUUUGGGCCUGGAAUAUUAGAACUUAAGAAACUCGGCUAAAUAUUUCUUUUGGAACUUACUAAGCUUUUGCAGAAACUGGAAGCUAACUUGUUUUGUAUGAUGGUCAUGCCAUAUAUGUAGCAUCAAAGUGACAUGGUAUGUUUCAUGUUCAUGUAUGUAUAUGCCUAAUGCCAAACUUUGAAAACC